AUGUCAUGUAGUCAGGCCCAACACCAUGCUCUUCUCACAAAAUGUUGCUUCAACCGUAUGAAGGAGUCGCUACAUUUCAAUAUCGGUGACAUAACAUCCUCAUUUUUACUUGAUGCCGAGGACCCAAAGCUGAUGCAGCGGGUUGACACCAAUAUCAAACCAUUCCUGAGGUAUGCCUCUCGGCACUGGGCUCAGCAUUUGGCCCAAACCAAUCAAAAGAAGGGGGAGGAUCUCAGGGACUGUAUCACUGACUUCCUUGAUCUUCACAUUCUCUUUUGGAUUGAGGCAAUGAACCUACUUGGAUCCAGUGGCCAGUGUAGCAGAAUGCUUCAAAACACACGUGAGUGGGUUCUGAAGAAUAAGAACAGGGAAACAGAGCUUGCCGCUAACAUCGCUGAAGCAGCCAAUUUUGCCACCUACUUUACAGCAAAUCCACCAGCUUUGUCUACACCACACUUGUAUAUCUCAGCAUUGGCAUCUUGGUCAACAGGAUCUGCUAUGUCACAAUGGUGGAGAGAAAACUUCUGUGGCAUCCCAUCCUUCACUCAUAGGAAGGCUAGGGAUGUGCCACUGAUGUCAAUACAAACAGAUGCAUGCAUUGUAUCUGUUGCCUUCUCCACUGACAACACCUGCAUCAUCUCUGGCUCAUCUGACAAUUUUGUGCGGGUGUGGGAUGCAUCAACAGGGGCUGAGCUGAAGGUGCUUGAGGGCCACACAGAUACUGUCUGCUCUGUUGCCUUCUCCAAUGAUGGCACCCGCAUUGUCUCAGGCUCAUCUGACAAUUCUGUGCGGGUGUGGGAUGUGUUGACUGGGGCUGAGCUGAACAUGCUUAAUGGCCACAUGAAAAAUGUCUUGUCUGUUGCCUUCUCAAUUGAUGGCACCCACAUCAUCUCUGGCUCAUCUGACAAUUCUGUGUGGGUGUGGGAUGCAGUGACUGGGGCUGAGCUGAAUGUGCUCAAUGGCCACAUAAAACCUGUCUGGUCUGUUGCUUUCUCCACUGAUGGCACUCGCCUUGUCUCUGGCUCAGAAGACACGUCUGUGUGGGUGUGGGAGGCAUUGACUUGGGCUAAGCUUAAAGUCCUUAAAGGCCACACAGAAAUUGUCUCGUCUGUUGCCUUCUCCACUGAUGGCACCCGCAUCGUCUCUGGCUCAUAUGACAAUUCUGUGCGGGUGUGGGAUACAUCAACUGGGGCUGCACUGAAUGUGCUCAUUGCCGGUCAAACAAGACCUGUGUGGUCUGUUGCUUUCUCCACUGAUGGCACCCGCAUCGUCUCUGGCUCAUCUGACAAUUCUGUGUGGCUGUGGGAUGUGUCAACUGGGUCUGAACUGAAGAUGUUUGAGGGUCACAUGGGACAUGUCUUGUCUGUUGCUUUCUCCUCCGAUGGCACCCUGUGGGAUGCAUCGACUUGGGGUGAGCUGGAUAUGCUUGAUGGCCACACGGAAAUUGUCUCAUCUGUCGCCUUCUCCAAUGAUGGCACCUGCAUCAUCUCUGGCUCAUCUGAUAAUUCUGUGCGGGUGUGGGAUGUGUCAACUGGGGCUGAGCUGAAGGUGCUCCAUGGCCACAUGGAAACUGUCUGGCCCAUUGUUGAUGGCAUUCACAUCAUCUCUGAUCACUCAUCUGACAAUUGUGAGCCUGUGCGGGUGUGGCAAGAAUUAACUGGGGCUGAGCUGAAGGUGCAUGAGGACCACACAGGUAUUGUCAGGUCCACUGUCGCCUUCUCUCCUGAUGGCACUCGCAUCAUCUCUAGCUCAUUCGGCAAUUCUGUGCGGGUAUGGGAUGCAUUAUCUUGGGCUGAGUUGAAUGUGUUGAGAGGUCACACAGCAAUGGUCUCAUCUGUUGCCUUCUCCAAUGAUGGCACCUGCAUUGUCUCUGGCUCAGAAGACCAUUCUGUGCGGGUGUGGGAUGUGUUGGCUGGGGCUGAGCUGAAUGUGCUUGUGGGCCACAAGGGAAAGGUCUGGUCUGUUGCCUUCUCCCCUGAUGGCAGCCGCAUUGUGUCUGGCUCAUCUGACAAAUCUGUGCGGUUGUGGGAUGCAUCAACUGGGGCUAAGCUGAAGGUGAUUAAGGGCCACACAAACACUGUUUGCUCUGUUGCCUUCUCCAAUGACGGCACCCACAUUGUCUCUGGUUCAAAAGACAAUUCUGUGCGGGUGUGGGAUGCAUCAACUGGGGCUGAGCUGAAGGUUCUCAGUGGCCACACAAAAACUGUCUUGUCUGUCGCCUUCUCUGCUUAUGACACCCACAUCAUCUCUGGCUCAUCUGACCAUUCUGUGCGGGUCUGGGAUGCAUCAUUUGAGGCUCAGACAAAGGUCAUGCUUACCCUGCCUGGACCACUGAUACAAAACCCUGGAUUUGUUCUGCACUUGGUGGAUAUCAGCUCAUGGUCUGCCAUCAUCAACUUCCGAGAUUCCAACAUUGGCUGUGAUUGGGCUAACUGUUAUACACCCACCUAG